AUGUUACCUGACCAGGAAGAUUCUAAACAGAAUAGGCGAUAUGAUAGGUGGUGGUCGAAGGGAGGAAUUGGUGGCCUUAUCAGAGAUGAGAAAGGAGUGAUGUUGGGUUCAUUCUCAGAAAAAGUGGGAUCCGGUCCUCCUAUUAUUGCAGAAUUGAUGGCAAUUAGGAGAGGCUUGAACCUGUUCCUGGAUUCGGAUUUGUUGGUAAAUCGAAGGCUUAUUUUGGAGUCUGAUAGUGCGAUGGUAGUGAAGUGGAUAAAAAAUCUAGCAAGUUCCACUCCAAUGUUUCUAUCUAUUGUUAAAGAUAUAGAAGACAUUGUGGUCAAUAAAAGGGUCAUUGUCCGUCAUGUGGCGAGAGCAACUAAUUGUGAAGCGGAUGAAUUUACCAAACAAGGGAUUAGUUAA